GACAACAACCUGGUUCCCUCCAGCACGACAUACAUCCUCGCCUCUCAUCUCUGAUACCUAUGGUUCCGCCUAUGACUUUCUUCGCUAUUCCUUCGCUCGAGCAGGUGUGAUACUCAUGAUUGAAUGCUCCCCUUAAAAGUCCUACAUCCCUACGAACAUCGUAGUCUUAUCGUUCAAGAGUGGCUGUGACAGCACUCUCGACUCGAAUCGCGUUAUCAGAAAUCACCAUGGUCGGAACAGCGCGCUCUCCCUCGCAAUCUCUAGUCCCUCCACAUGAAUUUGAAGAUCCAUUCUCGCGAAUAUCAAACGACCAAGUGCACAGCCCUGUGAGUGUAGUGAGCAACUGGGAAGAACGCAAAAUAUCGCCAUGGAAAAGCGCAAAAUGGAGACAUACAUUGGGCAUUGCAUGCCUGAUGACUACAGUCGUAUUAUGGACGACAAGCAAUUUCCUAGCAAGUACAAUCUUCGCCGACGACACCUAUUCAAAGCCCUACUUUGUGACCUACAUCAACACAUCUUUCUUCAUAUUUCCUAUAGUACCCAUGAUUAUCAAACAUUGGUGGAAAGAAAGGGGACAGAACAGUUCGUGGAGGGAUCUUCUCAAACGGAGAGUGGGAAAAUAUUCUCUGCUAACGCAAGAAGAGGAGGAAGAAGCAUUUCUGAAGCGCGGAGAGCGCCGAGAAAGUACAAGCGGAAGCUCUGCGACCACGCAGAUGCUGAUGUCUGAAGACAUUGCUAACAGCCAAGAACUUAGUAGUGCGAGCAACAAGAGUGAAGGUGCACAUAGUGGAGAUGACGUAUUCACUGUGUUUGAUACACUGAGGCUGAGCAUUGAGUUUUGUAUUCCUUGGUUUUUAGCGAAUUAUUUUACCGCAGCAUGUCUCGAGUACACCACUGUCGCUUCGUCCACCAUUGUAGCAUCUACAUCAUCUAUAUGGACACUCCUGAUUGGGUCUGCACUGGGCGUGGAACGAUUCACAGUGCGUAAAAUGCUGGGGGUCCUAGCAUCCCUCGCAGGAGUUGCUCUGAUAUCCUUGGUCGACAUGACUGGCGACAAUGAUGAGAAUCGAGGUGACUUCCCUCACAAGUCGCAUAGAGAGAUCAUCACGGGCGACAGCAUGGCCUUCAUAAGCGCCCUACUCUACGCUGGCUACACCAUCAUGAUGAAGAAACGGAUUGGAGACGAAAGUCGAGUCAACAUGAUGCUAUUCUUUGGAUUUAUAGGCAUUUUCAACGUCAUUGCCCUUUGGCCUGGCUUUGUCUUGUUGCACAUUACUGGGGUGGAGACAUUUGAGCUUCCACCUACACAAUGGGUGCUAACAAUAGUAAUGAUCAAUUCUGCGUCGUCCUUGGUCGCUGAUAUCACGUGGGCUUUUGCCAUGCUCUUGACUUCUCCACUUGUUGUCACAGUUGGCCUGUCGAUGACCAUCCCGCUCUCACUCGUCGGACAGAUGUGGCUUGACUCGCAGUACGCUGCACCACUGUAUUGGGUCGGAGCAUGUAUUGUCUUUUUUAGUUUCAUCUUCAUAAAUCGCGAGGAGAAUCGUGAAGAAGGUGUUUCAGGCCAAACCAUCAUAAUAGACGAGGCAUGA